AUGAAAGUGGAUCUGCAUGGUGACAGACCCAGCGAUUGCAAAGGAUCUUUUUUUGAAACUAGAAAAAUAUUAAAUGAUAUUGCAACAAAUACUGGAAUCAAUCUUGAUAAUAACUGGUUAAUUACCAAUCACUCAUGCCAUCAUAUAGCAAUUCAACUUUUAAAGAAUAAUGGAGUUCUUGAAUCAGAGCUUCAAGCAUUCUCUAGACAUCGAUCUUGUGAAAGUUUAGCAGAUUACUGCAAAACCACACAAAAUUUGACUGAAACUCAAUCACUAGCUUCAAACAUUCAAUCUCAAAAUAUAACUAAAGAAAUUUUAUCAUCAACUCAACCUCAAAAUGACACAAUUGUAAAUUCUGAUUUUACAAAAAAAGAGAUUAAAAAAUCAAGUCACGUUUCAAAAAUACCUAGAAUAAAGCCACAUACUCAAAAUAGCUCAUACUUGACUUCAUCUGUAAUUGCACUAUUUAAACCACCAUAUUCACCUAACUCUCCAAUGCUUGAAUCAUACAAAAAACAUAGAAAGCCAUUAUUAACUGUUAAUAACAUUGUUAUUCAACUCCCUCUGGGUAUAUCUCAAAGUUACGAUUUAAAUAUAAAUUUGAAAAUUAGUUAG